AUGGCUAAUUACACAGAAACAUUUGCUGCAUGGACAACUAUAUGUGUAACUGAUCACACACUUUUAGGAGAAAAUGACAAAGAAGAAGACAUAAGAGCUUUAUGUCAAGAAUCUGUGAAAACCUGUCCAUAUGCAGCUGCUGUUUGUGUAUAUCCGAAGUUUGUAAAAUUUAUCAAUGAAAAAAUAAAGAAAGAAAUUUCUUCAUUUAAACCAAAAAUUGCUUGUGUAAUAAAUUUUCCUCAUGGUACUGAUCCCAUAGAAAAGGUGUUAGAAGAUACAAAGAAAGCAGUAGAAGAUGGGGUUGAUGAAAUUGACUUGGUAAUAAAUUAUAAAAAAAUUUUAGAGAACGCUGAUGAAGGUCUGAAAGAAGCAACUCAAUUAACAAAACACGUUAAAGAAUUAAUCAAAAACAAACUACUAAAAGUUAUAAUAGAAGUGGGUGAGCUAAAGACAAAGGACUUAAUUAUAAAAACUUCACUAGCUGUACUUGAAGGAAAUGCUGAUUUUGUAAAAACAUCAACAGGAAAAGUUAAAGUUAAUGCAACACCUGAUUCUGUUAAGGCAAUUAUAGAGGCACUAAAACAGUAUAUAGAAAAGCAUCCCGAAAAAAAAGAUAAAAUUGGUAUAAAAGUUGCAGGAGGAGUAGGAGAUUUAAAUUCAGCUAGUUACUAUAUUUUACUAGCAAGAACUUGCUUUGGUGCUCUUGCUUGCCAUCCUAAUAAUUUUCGUAUUGGUUCAUCUUCAUUAGUUCCUAAAUUAAGAAAAAUUAUUGAACAGUGCCCAGCAAAUUAG